AUGGAAAGAGCCAUACCAUUUAUCACCAAUGGGGAUCAUGUCAUGUUCUCUAUGCAUUACAUCCAAAAGGGUCUUCUCUUUCUCAAACCACCAUCGGUUUCUGAAUCUGAUGAUCCAACAUUCAAACCAAAAGAUUUCUUCAUGGAGACUUUGCUGCUAAAGCUCAAAGACUCUCUAGCCACAACACUUUCCCAUUUCUACCCGCUCGCAGGUCGCCUCUCGACUUUGAAAACCGAUGAUUCAAGAUCCUACUCGGUCUUUGUGGAUUGCAAUAACAGUCCAGCUGGAGCUGGAUUUAUCCAUGUCAAAACGGAUCUAAGUGUAUCAGACAUUGUUGAUUCCAAGUAUGUUCCUUUGGUUGUCCAAUCUUUCUUUGACCAUCACAAAGCAGAGGGAAUCACGAUGGUCAUGCCUUGA